GCCGACAUUUGGUCUGAGAAGAGCCGCUGGAGAGUGCCUCUAACCGGCUUCAUCCUCCAACUUCCCCCCGCUGUCAGCUCGGAACUCGAAAAGAACCGAAAGAGAAAACAAGUUACUGAAAGAAGCAUGUUUUCCUUCAUGUUUCUGCUCCUGCUAGUUCCACAUGAGCUGCUGUCCUCAACACAUGUGGCAGUGAUCUCCCCUCAGGACCCCGUGCUGCCGAUCGGCUCCAGCCUGACGGCCACCUGCACGCUGGCCCCGGGGCUGGGUCUGCAGGCCGGCUCUCUGUUCUGGACCCUGAACGGGCUGAGUGUGUGCAGCAGCAGCUACAGCGUGCUGAGCCCCGACACCCUGAGCGUCACGUUGCACAACCUCAACGGCUCCCAGCAGCAGUCCGGAGACAACCUGGUGUGUCACGGAGCAGAUGGACACGUCCUGGCCGGCUCCUGUCUCUAUGUGGGCAGGCCUCCAGAAAAGCCUGUAAAUCUAACGUGUUGGUCCCGCAACACGAAGGACCUGAGCUGCGGGUGGAGCCCGGGGGGGCGGGGUGAGACCCACGUCCGAACCAAAUACACCCUCAAGUACAAAUUGAGGUGGUAUGGCAGAGAGAAGGAGUGUGAAAUCUACAGCACAGGGAAGCAGCGAUACUCCUGCUACAUCCCCCGCAACCUCGCCCUCUUCACCCCGUACGAGAUCUGGGUGGAGGCAGCCAAUCAGCUGGGCUCGGCCACCUCUGACAUCACAACCCUGGACAUCCUCGAUGUAGUGACCACUGACCCUCCUGCCAACGUGCAGGUGAGUCGUGUCGGCGUCCUGGAGGACCAGCUGACGGUCCGCUGGGCCAGCCCCCCCGAGCUCAAGGACGUCCUGUUUCAGGCCAAAUACCAGAUACGCUACAGACUGGAGGUCAGCUCUGAAUGGAAGGUGGUGGAUGAUGUUGGUAACCAGACGUCAUGUCGGCUGGCAGGCCUCCGACCCGGGACCGUUUAUUUUGUCCAGGUGAGAUGCAACCCAGUGGGCAUCUAUGGCUCCAGGAAGCCCGGCAUCUGGAGUGACUGGAGCCAUCCGGCCGCCGCCUCCACUCCCAUCAGCGAGAGGCUGCAGAGCGGCUCCUGCGAUCCGAAGCCCGGUGAGCAGAACUCCACCCUGCGGCGGGAACUCAAGCAGUUCUUCGGCUGGGUCCGCAAGCAUGCGUCCGGCUGCAGCGGCAUGUCAAUCAAACUGUACGACCAGUGGAGGGUGUGGCUGCAGAAAACACACAAAACACGCAACAAGGUAGAUUCUUCAAGACGAUAAUUCAUAGCAGCGCCGCUCAGCACCACUGUGGAGUUUUAAUACAAGAACAGCAUCAAGAAACACAGAGGGAUAACUCAGUGUGGGCCCCCAGCUGAGUGAGGGGUCAUCGGCCCCGACUGAGUGAUACUGCAGUGUUUGUCAGACAGACUUAACUUCAGUUUAAAGGGCCCGAGUGGAGGAUCACUGAAGUCAGACAAUGCUGUCCUUUUUCUGCCAUUUCCGCCGACCAAAUCUGUCCGUAAUUAGACAUCAAUUGGCGAGCCAUGAAAAUGUAGCAGCACAAACCUUUCAUAUAGUUACAUUUGGAUAUUUCUUAACUGCAGCAAGUGUUUAAAUGUAUUCCUUUGAAUUAAGGAUCAGUUUGUGUAAAAUGUUUAUACUCUGGUGUAGUACACCAUUUGUUUGAAGACAUUUUCCUACUGUUUAUAUUU